GAGAGGCGAAUGCAGGAAGCAAGCUUGUUCAGUGUGUGUGUUUACAAGCAAGACUGACUUAGUCAGCAAAUACUGCUCUAGCGAGCUUGGCCAAUGAGAAGCUUCCCCAGCCUGCUUGGGAGAUUCAGAGUUGGAGCAGUAUGCAUGCAGUAAUGUGAGGCAGGUCUUCCUUGCUGCCGAUAGCUAAAUAAAAUGGGGUCUGGCUCCAGAAAAUACUUGGGUUUCCCUUCCAUGCAGAGCCCUGGAGCCAUCAGAGGACGCAUCUACAAUCUAGCAAGCCCUGACAGCAGGAUCCUUAUGGAAUGAGAAGGCUCUGCAUGAUCCUUCAUUUGAAGAUGAAAUGCUUUUCCCGUUACCUGCCUUACAUCUUCAGACCUCCAAACACCAUCCUCUCCUCUAGCUGCCACACAGAAGUGAAUGAGGAUAUCAUGAUCACAAAUCUGGUGCUAAGGGAGACCUGAAGACCAUGUACAUCCAGCUUGAGUCCUACCUACAAAUGAGGUAAUGAUGGCGUCAUGGAGGAGCAGAAAACCUGUGGCAGUCAAGAUAAUGAGGAAAGAUGCAAUCAGGGCAGACAUCAUACUCCGGGAGCGACGUGUCCUUGAGAUUGCCAGAAACUGCCCCUUCCUGUGCGAGGGUUUAGCCGCCUUUCAGACUAAGAUGCACACCUUCUUUGUCAUGCCCUACAUGUUUGGUGGCAGCCUGGAUUGGUAUCUUACGAUAAAGCGAUCCCUCCCGACCUACGAGGCAAUGUUUUAUGCUGCAGAAAUAACAUGCGGCCUUCAAUUCUUACAUAAGCGAGGAAUCGUUCACCGGGAUAUUAAGCCGGAUAACAUCAUGCUUGAUGAAGAGGGCCAUGCCAGAAUAUGUGAUUUUGGACUGGUGGCAGAAAACAUCACAGGAGGAGUCCUGGCCCAGGGUAGCACUGGGACUACAACCCACAUGGCACCAGAGGUGGCUGCAGAGAGGAGAUAUGGUGCGUCAUGCGACUGGUGGUCACUGGGAGUUACCUUACAUCAAAUGUUGACCGGACAUCUCCCCAUUUACAUCAAAUUACCUGGGCACAGGUGCUCAUGCUCCAAGCAGCUGCGCUUCUCUCCCCACCUGAGUAAAGAAAGCAAAGAUGUCAUGUCUAAACUUCUAGAGGAAAGCCCCAGACUGAGGCUUGGAGUACGAAGCAACAUCAGGCUUCACCCAUUUUUUGGAGCUAUAAAUUGGAGGCAUUUGGAAGCCAAGGCCAUUCCACCCCCAUACAAGCCACAGAGGGGGCCAGCUGAGAACCCCCUUUGGAAUGUCCGGAAGAAGCAUUUCUCUUUUAUGGAGCCCAUGAAGUAUCACACCUUUUCAGGAGACAGCUGGUUUAUACCGAACUUGUCUUUCACAAGCUCCAAAUUGAGAGACUAUUGCUAGGCUCCAUAUUUAAUACCAGGGUAGGGAAGGAGGGUCGGAGUCAGAACACGUACUCCCGGAAUAUAUAGUAAGCACAAUCU